AUGGAGAAUGCCUCUCAAAAGCCUCAAACCGGCUCGAAAAAGUCUCCAAUUCUUUCCAAAAUUCCUCUUCCUACUCAUGAGAACAUUUACACCGUUCCCAAUAUCCUCACAUUCUCUCGUCUAGUUGCGGCUCCCUUGGUGGGCUACUUCCUCGUUCAUGAUCAUCAUGCAGCUGCACUAGCAUUAUUUGUCUAUGCUGGUCUCACAGAUCUUGUGGACGGCUAUAUUGCCCGACGAUAUAACCUUCAGACUGUCGUCGGCACCAUUAUUGAUCCAAUGGCCGAUAAACUGUUAAUGACGAUUGGUGUUGCUUGCUUGGCCGUCAAUGGUUCUAUUCCUGUAUGGCUUGCGGUAAUCAUUCUCGGCCGCGAUGUUGGGCUUGCGUUGUCCGCAAUCUACUACCGCUGGAUAUCUCUUCCCCCGCCAAAGACCAUGGCACGAUACUGGGAUUUCUCCCUUCCCUCCGCAGAGGUCAAGCCAACGGGUAUCUCCAAAGUCAACACAGCUUUGCAGCUUGUGCUUGUGGGCUCCGCGAUCGCACUGCCUGUGAUUCCAGAGGCAGUCCUCGAUGCAUGGAGUCUCCGAGAAGGAAUGACGGCGUUGCAGUACCUCGUUGCAGCCACUACAAUCUGGUCUGGGCUCAGCUACGUCUUUUCCAAAGACGCAGUAAAGAUCCUCACUAAGGAGGAAAUACAGAAGCGCAUUGCAAGAGCCAGCGGGAAGAAGUCCUCAUGA